AUAAACUUUGUAUAAAAUGACAGUCGUGUUGACAACUUGUCAUAAUUUCGUGUUGCACUUCGCCCAAGGCUCAUUCUGUAACAUUGCGCGUUGUGCUGUCUCUUUUCAACAUACUGGCUACUGAGAGAGUAAAACGAAUGGAAUGUUAAACAAUAUCAAAUAUCAGUGUAGUGAUGGAAUGUUAUUACAUGGCGUUUGUCGUCCGCGGAACUAUUUUUCAUUUCUAUGUGUCCCAAAUAAUGUUUAUUUAUAAUGUACGCGAGUUAAUUAUGUCAGUGCUGAAUUCGGCGUGAAGUUGAGCGGUGCGGGCGCAUACCGAUAUGUUCAACGUAAACAAACUAUGUCUGUUUUCUUGUCUUUGCAUUAUUGUUGUUAUUGUUCUUUAUUUUCAAACCGAAAUAGCACGUUUAGAGGAGAAUUACCGAAAACUUGAGUUCAGGCUGGUACAGAGUCACUCAGAAUCUCGCGAGUUUUUUCCGAAGAGUUUAGAAAGAAAUGACGAUGACACUGUAGUGAUAUACAACAGGGUCCCGAAGACGGGAUCCACGAGUUUCGUGGGCGUAGCGUACGAUUUGUGUAAGAAGAACAACUUCAAAGUGUUACAUAUCAACAUUACGGCCAACAGACAUAUCAUGUCUCUGAACAACCAGUACAAGUUUGCUCAGAAUGUGACGAAGUGGCACGAGGUGAAGCCAGCACUGUAUCAUGGGCAUAUGGCGUUCCUUAACUUUGAUAGGUUGGGAACCACCUCAAAGCCAAUAUUUAUUAACUUAAUAAGAAAGCCUCUCGAUAGAUUAGUAUCAUACUAUUAUUUCUUAAGGAAUGGUGAUAAUUAUAGACCGCAUCUAGUGCGGAAAAAGCAUGGGGAUAAGAUGACGUUUGACGAGUGCGUGGAGAGAGGCCAGCCGGACUGUGACCCCAACAACAUGUGGCUGCAAGUGCCCUUCUUCUGCGGACAUGCUGCUGAGUGCUGGAAACCCGGCAGUCAAUGGGCGUUAGAGCAAGCCAAACACAACUUAGUCACGCACUACCUCCUAGUAGGCAUCACGGAACAAAUGCUAGACUUUAUAACUGUCUUAGAGGCAACACUGCCCCGGUUCUUCCGGGGAGCGACGGAAUACUACCUCAACAGCAACAAGUCGCAUCUCAGACAGACCAGCUCCAAAAUAGAACCUAGCAUCCUCACCAUAGACAAAAUACAACAGUCAACCAUCUGGAAAAUGGAAAACGAACUCUACGAAUUCGCCCUAGAACAUUUCAACUUCGUCAAAAGAAAGUUGCUGGCGAAAGAGGCGAAUAACGUCGCACAAAUAUACUUUUACGAGAAAAUAAGGCCUAAAUGACUUUACUGACCGUAUGGACGUCCAAGGAGUUUGGAUGUCCUACGACCUUUUUGGAACAAAUGUUUACUUUAUUUUUAACCAGUUUCUAAGCCGGAGAGAUUUAUCAACUCGUCUAUAUUUUGUUGAAUGAUAUUUUUGUUAUCAGUUAUUUAGUGACUAAGUGAUAUUAUAGUACAGUUGCGUGCAAAAGUGUGCACUGAAUCAUCGAUUUUUAAAUACAUUUUUCUGUACGAUGAAAUAAAAAUUUCGAUGCUUUUGUGUAGAUUUUUGCACGCGAAUGUACGUUCUGCUAAAUUUAUCAUUCCAUGUGCUAGAGUAUAUUUGGAACUUGACGUUCUGUAACCAGGGAAUGUAGAUAAUAAGGCUACAACGUAAGGGUUUAUUUAUGAAAGACGUAAGACCAAUUUAAGUAUAAUUUAGAAUGGCUACAGCCCUAAAGAGUACUUAUAUUGGUAAAUUUUCUUGUGUUUUGAGUAAGCAGACAUUAUAAUUCUUUUCUAUACCUGUUGGUAUGAUUAGUUUUUAUUUUAACAAAACAAGUAUGACUUCUUUAACUAAUAUACUGCCUUUUUUAUUUUGAUUUAUUUUUUCAAUAAAGUUAUGCUCUUUUUAACAAAACAGUUCUAUGUCUGUUUACUCAAUAACACAAGUUUAGAUUAGAAUAAUUAUUAAAACGAUGUCAAGCAAGCCCCAAACUCGGCCACGCUCCAAGAAGGACAUAUUAUUAUAUUAUUCGGUACUUAAUUAUAGACCUAAUUAGAACGAAAUUUAGCCAUUAGGAAUAGUAGGCCUUAAUACUUAAUAGACAAUUUUAGACUAUGGUUCCUUUAUGAAAUAAUUAAUUCGAAUUUGUCAAUGUUAUUUUCAAUUUAAUACUGAAUUAUUGAUAUUAAUGUUGCUCAUAUUGAAUCGUAUCGAAAAGACAUUUUGAAUUCUGAAUUAAAUGAAAUUGUUAUUAAUAAAAAUGUGUUCGAGCGCUGAGAAAAUAAUGUACUCGUAAAUUGAAUUAAUUGAAACUAAUUUUCAGGAUAUUUUUUCUUCCGCAACUGACAUGAUUUAUUAUAUAUGAAAGGAUGGAAUUUAUUUUAUUUUCAGCUUUUUUUUAAUGUUAAUGCAUUUGUUUUAAAUAAUAACACUUAAUACUUAAUUAGAAAACACUAGUCAGUGUUCAUAUUUUAUAUAUUUUUUGUGCUUUUUCCAACGCUACUGACA